UUUCUUAUCACAUAUCGCGUCCCUUAACCCUAACCCUAGAGCUCUACCAGUUGCAGGAUUCGACAUGAAGGGAGGUAAAUCCAAGUCGGUUACCAAGAGCGCAAAGCUCUCCGUGGAUAAGAAAUCAACCAAAAAGGCUGGAAAGAAAUCGGGGAAGGCGGCUAAGGAUCCAAACAAGCCAAAGAGACCUGCUAGCGCCUUCUUCGUCUUCAUGGAGGAGUUCCGUGUGCAAUACAAGGAGGAGCACCCUAAAAACAAAUCCGUUGCUGCAGUUGGCAAAGCUGGUGGAGAUAAAUGGAAGAGCCUGUCUGAGGCUGAAAAACGACCUUAUGUUGAUAAGGCAGAGAAACGAAAGGCCGAGUAUGAAAAGAACAUGAAAGCCUACAAUAAGAGACAAGCUGAGGGUCCCAAAGAUGAUGAUGAAUUGGAGUCUGAGAAGUCUAUGUCGGAGGUGAAAGAUGAAGAGGAGGAAGAUGAUGAAGGCAGUGGAGAUGAAGAUGAUGAUGAGUAGGAAAUUCCAAGGAGGAUAGCAUAAUCAAAGUAGGUUGUGAUAGUGUUUGAUCAUCUUAUGUUAAUGCUUUUAAAUGCACAUUUCAUUUAAAGAAAAAUGUAACUUUGAAUCUUGUCGGUUUCUUUUUACAUUUUGAAAUUAAAAGGUGUAGAUGGGGAAUUCGCUGCUAUAUAUAUUUUACGUUCAAGGUU